AUGCCACUGGCUGCCUUGAAUCAUUAUUUAAUGGUCCUACCUUAUGCCCCCAGCUUGAUGGAUAGGGUGGUCAGCUACACACUCGGCCGCAGGCUUCCAACAGAUCAUGUGAGUGGACAGCUGCAAUUCCGGUUUGAGAUCACUUCCUCCAUCAACCCAGAUGAUGAAGAGAUUUCCCUGAGUACUGAAGCUGAGGCAGCGGAAAUUCAGGACAGCCCCAUGAACAACCUGGUGGAAAACAGCCAUAGGGAGACUCUGCACGAUGCACCAGAGCCCUCUGGUAGCUCCAAGCCGGAGCAGCCAAAGGAGGGCAGCACCGUGGACGCUGAAGGGAACGAGAGCCUAGAGCUUACCACGCCAGUGGAGGAAGCGGCAGGUACCACUGAGGCAGGAGACAGCAGCGCAGCCUCUGUGCGACCUGAUGGGGCUGGGGAGCACCUGGGCCUGGGACAAGAAGGCACCAAGCCUGCCCUGAGUGCAGAAGAGCUAGCCAAGGGGCUGGACCUGGGAGGGGUGGCGCCCCCAACGGGGCUGCUGGAGAACAGCGAAGCCUCCCGCAGCAAUGAGGAUCCUGUGGAAGAGCAAGUGUGGACAGAGAACCGGGCUGGGGGGCAAGGAGAGGAAAAGGAGCCAGCAGAGCAGGAGGACGAAGAGGAGGAUGUGUCUGCUCUCGGGCAGCAGGACAGGCUGCAGCUGCGCUCCUCGGUGAAGAGAAAGAGCAGGCCGUGCUCCCUGCCUGUGUCCGAGCUGGAGACGGUGAUCGCGUCGGCCUGCAGCGACCCCGAGACCCCGCGGACACAUUACAUCCGCAUCCACACCCUGCUGCACAGCAUGCCCUCGGCCCAGGGCAACGCCGCGGACAGCGAUGGCUUUGAGGAAGAGUCCACUCUCAAGGAUGCCUCAGAGAAGGAUGGGCACAGCGAGGGGAACACGGUAGCUGCUGAGCUGCCUGCCCUGGAAGAGGGUGGAGAGGACCCCAAGGGGGCUACCCCAGGCACGGCGCCUCCCGUCCACUCCGGCUUGGCCAACAGCCCGGCCCCGAGUGGCGACACGCACCCAAGCACAGAGAGUGAGAGCGACUCCAGCCCCCGGCAGGGCGGGGACCACAGCUGUGAGGGUUGUGACACGUCCUGUUGCAGCCCCUCUUGCUACAGCUCCUCCUGCUACAGCACGUCUUGCUACAGCAGCUCCUGCUAUAGCACCUCCUGCUACAGCCCCUCCUGCUACAGUGGCAGCAGGUUCGCCAGCCACACCCGCUUCUCCUCCGUGGACAGUGCCAAGAUCUCCGAGAGCACAGUCUUCUCCUCGCAAGAUGAUGAUGAUGAGGAGGAGAACAGCGCAUUCGAGUCGGUGCCAGACUCGGUGCAGAGUCCGGAGCUGGACGCCGAGUCGGUGAAUGGCGCUGGGCAGUGGCAAGACCAUCCAGCCACCCCCACCAGGGACGUGGCAAGAACAAUGGACAGUCUGGAGUCCCACGUGGCAGGGCCAAGCCAUUGGAGAGAAGGUGAAUGUCCUAUACUCCAUAAUUCCCAGCCAGUAAGCCAGCUUCCUUCCUUGAGGCCUGAACAUCAUCACUACCCAACAAUCGAUGAGCCUCUUCCACCAAACUGGGAGGCCCGUGUUGACAGCCAUGGGCGGGUCUUUUAUGUGGACCACGUGAACCGUACAACCACCUGGCAGCGUCCAACAGCAGCAGCCACCCCUGAUGGGAUGCGGAGAUCGGGGUCCAUCCAGCAGAUGGAGCAACUCAAAAGGCGGUAUCAAAAUAUUCAGCGAACCAUUGCAACAGAGAGGCCUGAAGAAGAUUCUGGCAGCCAAAGUUGUGAGCAAGUCCUAGGAGGAGAAGGCAGCGGAGGAGGUGGCGGGAAUGACUCAGAGGCUGAAUCUUCUCAGUCAAGCUUAGAUUUGAGGAGAGAAGGGUCACUUUCUCCAGUGAACUCACAAAAAAUCACCUUACUGCUGCAGUCCCCAGCGGUCAAGUUCAUCACCAAUCCUGAAUUCUUCACUGUACUGCAUGCCAAUUAUAAUGCCUACCGAGUCUUCACCAGUAGCACCUGCUUAAAGCACAUGAUUCUCAAAGUCCGGCGGGAUGCGCGCAAUUUCGAACGCUACCAGCACAACCGGGACUUGGUGAAUUUCAUCAACCUGUUUGCAGACACGCAGCUGGAAUUGCCCCGUGGCUGGGAGGUUAAAACGGACCAACAGGGGAAGUCUUUUUUCGUGGACCACAACAGUCGAGCUACAACUUUCAUUGACCCCCGAAUCCCUCUUCAGAACAGUCGUCUUCCCAGUCAUCUGACACACCGACAGCACCUCCAAAGGCUCCGAAGUUACAGCGCUGGAGAGGCCUCAGAAGUUUCUAGAAACAGAGGAGCCUCUUUACUGGCCAGGCCAGGACACAGCCUGGUAGCUGCUAUUCGAAGCCAGCAUCAACAUGAGUCAUUGCCUCUGGCAUAUAAUGACAAGAUUGUGGCAUUUCUUCGCCAGCCAAAUAUUUUUGAAAUGCUGCAAGAGCGUCAGCCAAGCUUGGCGAAAAACCCCGCACUCAGGGAGAAAAUCCAUUACAUUCGGACUGAGGGUAAUCACGGGCUUGAAAAGUUGUCCUGUGAUGCAGAUCUAGUUAUUUUGCUGAGUCUUUUUGAAGAAGAGAUUAUGUCCUACGUUCCCCUGCAGGCUGCCUUCCACCCUGGGUACAACUUCUCUCCCCGCUGUUCUCCCUGUUCCUCACCUCAGAACUCCCCAGGUUUACAGAGAGCCAGUGCAAGAGCUCCUUCACCCUACCAGAGAGACUUUGAGGCCAAGCUCCGCAAUUUUUACCGAAAACUGGAAGCCAAAGGAUUUGGUCAGGGUCCAGGAAAAAUUAAGCUCAUCAUACGUAGGGACCACUUGUUGGAGGGAACCUUCAAUCAGGUGAUGGCCUAUUCCCGGAAAGAACUCCAGCGAAACAAGCUCUACGUCACCUUUGUUGGAGAAGAGGGCCUGGACUACAGUGGUCCUUCGCGAGAGUUCUUCUUCCUUUUGUCUCAGGAGCUCUUCAACCCUUACUACGGACUCUUUGAGUAUUCUGCAAAUGAUACUUACACGGUGCAGAUCAGCCCCAUGUCUGCAUUUGUAGAAAACCAUCUAGAAUGGUUCAGGUUUAGUGGUCGUAUCCUAGGCCUAGCUCUGAUACAUCAGUACCUUCUUGAUGCCUUCUUCACAAGGCCCUUCUAUAAGGCACUCCUGAGACUGCCCUGUGAUUUGAGUGACCUGGAAUAUUUGGAUGAAGAAUUCCACCAGAGCUUGCAAUGGAUGAAGGACAACAACAUCACAGAUAUUCUAGACCUCACUUUCACCGUUAAUGAAGAGGUUUUUGGACAG